UCGCAGUGUUUCUCUCUCUAGGUUCUUCGCAGUGUUUCUCUCUCUAGGUUCUUCGCCUAUUCCUUUCUCUCUCUUGAAGGAGGUAACCGCAUAGACCUGCUCACUGUUGCCCAUUGCCUCCUCUCUCUCUGUCUCUCUCUCUCUAUUCGAUUCGUUUAUCAAGAGAGUUCUGCUGUUAGGUUUGAGUGCCCAACUUCUUUCCUGUCUGAAAGCCUGGCUCUUUCUGGUUGAAUAGUGUCUUAGAUUUACGUAGUUAGAGGAAACCAAGUACUUUUUGAUUCGAUGGGUCGGAAGAAGCCUUCUGUACUUGAUGAAGAGUGCGCCCUUCCCUCUGUUCAAGGGGUCUCCAUGGCUACCAAGAAAAAUAAGAAGAAGGGCCGCUUAAUUGAUGAUGACGAAUACUCCAUUGGAGCUGUUUCUGUUGAGGAUCAGAUAGAUCAACAGCAAGGCUUAGGCAAUGGUAAGCACUCGAGUGAUGCAAAAGUUGCAGAGGAGAUGGAUACGAUGAGUCAAGAAUCCAUGGAUUCUAAGAAGAACUCGAAGCCAUCUAAGAGAGACAAAAAAGGGAAGAGGGAUCUUAAGGUUGAUGAUGAUGAGUACAAUAUUGAAGGUAUUGUCAAUGAAGCUCCACCACAAGAGACUUUAAAACAGUUGGAAGGUGGCAAGAAGAAGGGAAAGAAGUCCAACAAGCAAUACGAGGCCGAUGAUUUUGCGGAGAGAGAUGAUGAUACUACUGCAACUGAUGUAGUUUUCGAGCAACCAAAGAACUCGAAGAAGAAAUCAGGGAAAAAACUAGGAUUAACUGAUGCAUUCUCUCUCUUGGCUUCAAUGGAUGAUGAGCAAGAAUCCACGGUAACAGAUAACUUGGAUUUGGAUGAAUCAGAAGAGAUACAGUUUACUGGAAAGAAGAAGAAGAAGGGAUCUAAAGGGAGAACCUUGGAUCUAGGCUUGGAUAUAUCAGUUGAACCUUCUGAUGAUGUGGGGCUUUCCAAAAAGACAGAAAAUGAUGUAGAAGAAGAAGUUGUGCAAUUUACAGGGAAGAAGAAAUCAAAGAAGGGAAUCAAGGCAUGCCUCUCUUUUCUUGAGGAUGACCCAUAUUCUCCAUCAACUGAAUUGGACCAGGAAAAGCCUGCAGAAGAGGAUAAAGACGAUGCAGCUGAUAUGCCUGUGUUCUCUGGUAAAAAGAAGUCGAAGUCCAAAAAGAGCAACUCCUCUUUUGCUGCUGCUUUAACAGAGGAAGAUCAAGAGCCUGCAACAAGCGAGGCUUUGGAGCCAAUUACUGAGGCAAAUAAACAAGAAAAUGAAGAUACACCAGAUGGGGAUGGUGUUACUCCGUUAGAUACCUCCCUUGGUUCUAAGAAACCGCAAAAGAAGAAGAAGAACAAGAGUGGAAGGACUGCACAAGAGGAGGAUGACCUUGACAAAAUACUUGCAGAGCUAGGUGCAGGCCCACCAGCACCAGCACCAGCACCAGCACCAGCACCCCCACCACCUCCUACUAAAUCUACUGCUCCAGCUGAAGAGAGUGUUCAAACAAAAGAUGUUGCUUCUGUAGAGACAAGCAUUAUCAUAGAGGAGCCCAAAUUGGCAGAAGGGGAUGGUGAUGCUGAGGGUGUGGAAUCAGCAGCUGCAAAGAAGAAGAAAAAGAAGAAAGAGAAAGAGAAGGAGAAGAAAGCUGCCGCUGUUGAGGAGAAGGCGAAAGAGGAGGAGGCCAAGAGCAAGGCUGCUGCUGAUAAGAAGGUGCCAAAGCAUGUGAGAGAAAUGCAAGAGAGAUUGGCAAGGCUCAAAGAAGUGGAGGAGAAGAAGAAGAAAGAGGAGGAAGAGAGGUUAAGGAAAGAGGAGGAAGAGAGGCUCAGGCUUGAAGAGCUUGAGAGGCAGAAGGAAGAGGCAAAACGGAGGAAGAAGGAAAAAGAAAAGGAGAAGCUUCAAAAGAAGAAGCAAGAAGGAAAGCUAUUGACUGGUAAGCAGAAGGAGGAGGCACGCCGAUUGGCAUUGAUGAGAGAGCAGUUCCUUUCUCAAAGUGGGAUGCCCACUGAUACUAGUGCUGGUGUGACAAAAAGGCCAAAGUAUGAGUCCAAGAAGAAGAAGCCUGGACCCAGCACUCAGGUCCCUGUGGAAACAGGAGAGACAACAGUAGUAGAUGAUCAGCCAGAUGUUCAGGAAAUAGAGAAGGUUGAGUUGGAUUCAGUGGCAGAGGAUAAUGGCGAGAAAAUGGAAGUUGAGCAUGUGGUUGAAGAGAAUAACAUGGAAGAAGAGGGACAAGAAGUGGAAGUAGAUGAAGAAGAAGAGAAUGACGAAUGGGAUGCCAAAAGCUGGGAUGAUACAGAUUUGGUCUUACCUGUUAAGAGUGCAUUUGCCGAAGAAGAAGAAGAUGAUGCUCCUCUG